AUGAUUACAGAGUAAUAAUGUUCUUAUGAGGAACAAAGAAUGCUUAGUUAAUAUUAAUAACAUGUUAACACUAAUCGAUAUGGAUCGAUUGAGGGCUUAAAGGAACAUUAUACAAAAUUGAUAAAAGCAGCUUAAUUAAAAAUUAAAUAUUUACUUAUAGCCACAUCAAUAUUAUUGGUUGUGACAACUAUAACUAGUUUGAGUUGUAUAAUUGAUCCAGAAAUGGUAGGAAUAGAAUUAAGUAAAUGGUUUUCACAUUUGUUCACUAUGAUAUUGUAUACGGCAAUUUAUUUGGAUUUAAAAAAUGCGAACUAAGAAAUUCUGAAUGUCCCAAAAGAAAACUUGAAGCUUUUAUGUCUCACAUAUGAAAAGAGUGUAUAUGAAUUCUUGGAAGAGUUUAAAUUUUAGGAGAAAUUUGAUUUGAUUAAUGUUUUGAUGUACAGUUCCUUCAUUUGGAGUUUUUGGUUCAGCUAAUUCUUAUUUAUUUUGAAAAGUAAUAGCCGAAUCUAUCCAAUUUUAAUAACAUCAUAUGUUUUGCAUAUGGUUCUAUAUUUGAUUGCUUGUAUUUACUCAUGCUUUCGACAAAGUCCAGAUAAUUGUGAAUGUUCAAUUUUAAAGACAAAAGUAGGUUAUCAAUACAUAAAUUUGCCAAGUAAUACCCAUAAAUAGACUUAGGAUUGAUUGAAACGAAAAGGAAUACUGUAAAAAUAACCUUUAUGUUAUUGAUGUAUUAUAAAAUAAAAUUAGCAGUGAUUGCCAGUUUUAUAGAUUCAGCAGAGAAAGAGACAAUAAUAUUAAUCUACCUAUAUGUAAUAUAUUGUGUAACUAUGAUAAUCAAACAAUUCUAUCAUUUGAUUCUACUCAAAAUGAUAAGAAAGGUAAAUUAACGACAUUUAAGUUGCUUUUAAAAUGCCUAUAUGUUAUAUUAUAAACUCUUCUUCUAUGAAUCAUGUUUAAAUAGGACUUUAAAAGUUAUCAUUUAUUUAUCAGCAUUUGCUUGUGUGGUAGUUUGUUUGAUCUUCAAUUUUAAAAGUUACUUCAACUAUAUAGAAGACUCAAUAUACAAAAUUGAAGUGUACUUUAUUAAUGAUACUAUUUGCUUUCUUAUUUCUCUACUCAUUUAUAUAUACUAUGCAAUCAAGAAGUAUUCAAAUAGAGUACAAUUGGAUCAUUUGGAAUCUUACGAAUCAAGAUUUGAUAUGAGAUUCUACGACUUAAAUGAUAUUGUUCCAAAUCCAUAUUAUAAUGUUUUAAGUAGAUACUUGUAAAUGGAACAAUAAUAAUUAGAAGAAAGAAAUCAUAGAGAAAUAGUUAGAAAAUUAUAAUUAUCCCCUGAUAAAUCAAUUAAUUUAGAUGAGAAUGGUGAUUGCAUUAUUUGUAGAGAAAAGCUUCUUCCAGAUCAACGAUUAGUUGGUUUGGAAUGUCAUCCUUCUCACAUUUUCCAUAAGGAAUGUCUCAUAAAAUGGGUUUUGUUACAUACUACUUGCCCAACAUGUAGAACUUCAAUUUAAUGA